UUGUUCAGAAAGAAUGCUGCUGAAAAUUCUGAAGAAGUGGAGAGUGAGGCACCGUCGACAAGUUCUCUUACGAAUCACGGCUACAAGAAAAGGAGGAAUCAUGAAGGAUUGGAGAAAAGGCAGUCAUUGUUUUACUACGAUCCUUUCACGCGCCGUUCAUUUCGUUUUUUGCUGCAUCGCAAAAAUUCUCGAAAAGCGGACAUCUAUACAUGUGCAAGGUGCAAGUCGAGGCGGAAAUAUGUUCGUAUAAUGGUUCGAAAUGAUAAAUUUCUCGGCGAUCCGGCAGCAUUGGAUCACAUUUGCCAUAUGAAUGCCGCUGAACUUCAAGAAGAACGUGUUCGAAUGGAGGAAAGGAAACAACGAAAACGAAACAGAUUUCUAUUAUGCGACAAUGAUGACGGCUUGUUCGAAGGGGAUUUGAAUUUAAACAACGGAUGUGACAGUGUGAUUUCUGAUGAUGGGUGCAUCCUGAGUUCGACACCAAACUCGCCUAAAAGUCUAGCCAAUGAGGAUGGGAGUCGGCUUGAUUCGCUGGAUGACCUCGAGCUUGAAGCGGACUCCACAUCAGAGAAAGGACCAUCGUCGUCUUCUGCUGCUCCAACACCCGGCCCUAGUCGGGUUGUGAUGGCUGGCGUGGUGAAGGAAGAGCAGCAGCAGCCAGUAUAUUAUCCAUCAAAAGAAGAAUCCUAUUCGAUAUUGUCUACGCAGCCGACCGAUGAUUACCAUUUGAUGACGUCUGCUGUGAAAGAUGAAUCCCAAACAUCUGAGCAAGAGCCGUCGGACCCUCAUUCGAACUCCUUGAUACGUGAUGCUGUCUUCCUGGAAAGCAUCAAAAUGGCAGUGGACAGUAUACCACAGGCGAAAUCGCCAGAAAGCUUACGUAGACAUACUUCGGUAUGUUUAUACGACAGUCCUGGAUAA